AUGGAGGAGGAAGUCGCAGCCCUCGUCAUCGACAAUGGUUCGGGUAUGUGCAAGGCCGGUUUCGCCGGUGACGAUGCGCCCCGAGCAGUCUUCCCUUCCAUCGUUGGCCGACCGCGUCACCAUGGUAUCAUGAUUGGUAUGGGCCAGAAGGACUCCUACGUCGGUGAUGAGGCACAGUCGAAGCGUGGUAUCCUGACCCUGCGAUACCCCAUUGAGCACGGUGUCGUUACCAACUGGGACGACAUGGAGAAGAUCUGGCAUCACACUUUCUACAACGAGCUGCGUGUUGCCCCCGAGGAGCACCCCGUUCUGCUCACCGAGGCUCCCAUCAACCCCAAGUCCAACCGUGAGAAGAUGACACAGAUCGUCUUCGAGACCUUCAACGCUCCCGCCUUCUACGUCUCCAUCCAGGCCGUCCUGUCCCUGUACGCCUCCGGACGUACCACCGGUAUCGUGCUCGACUCCGGUGACGGUGUCACUCACGUUGUCCCCAUCUACGAGGGUUUCGCUCUUCCCCACGCCAUCUCCCGUGUCGACAUGGCUGGUCGUGAUCUGACUGACUACCUCAUGAAGAUCUUGGCUGAGCGCGGUUACACCUUCUCCACCACUGCCGAGCGAGAAAUCGUCCGUGACAUCAAGGAGAAGCUCUGCUACGUCGCUCUCGACUUCGAGCAGGAGAUCCAGACUGCCAGCCAGUCCUCCAGCUUGGAGAAGUCCUACGAGCUUCCCGACGGUCAAGUCAUCACCAUCGGCAACGAGCGUUUCCGUGCUCCUGAGGCUCUCUUCCAGCCUUCCGUCUUGGGUCUUGAGAGCGGUGGUAUCCACGUCACCACUUUCAACUCCAUCAUGAAGUGCGAUGUCGACGUCAGGAAAGACCUGUACGGCAACAUUGUCAUGUCUGGUGGAACCACCAUGUACCCCGGUAUCUCCGACCGUAUGCAGAAGGAAAUCACCGCCCUCGCCCCAUCCUCGAUGAAGGUCAAGAUCAUCGCUCCCCCGGAGCGCAAGUACUCCGUCUGGAUCGGUGGUUCCAUUCUCGCCUCGCUCUCCACCUUCCAGCAGAUGUGGAUCUCAAAGCAGGAGUACGACGAGAGCGGUCCCUCCAUCGUCCACCGCAAGUGCUUCUAA